UUGGGACAGGAGUCCAUUGCGGAAACGGACUCGAAGGGGAACACAAAUUGGAGUCAAUAGUUCCGUUUAAAAAAAAAAAAAACACCCGAUGCGCCCAUGCCACUUGAGCCAAUAUUUGACAUCGACGAGCACUCGGUCUUGUCUGUUCUCUUUCAACGCUUGAAUGGACCGGGUAACCACUCAGCAACAACACGGAUGUAAUAUCAUGGCGCCGAUGUGCUUGUAGCUGCACCCGUUUGUAUUGUUAUGAUAACGAUGGAGAACACCGAAGAGUCAUCUUCACCCCUCCGUAUCACUCCCACGGUCCGGGCGCUGAGCUCCGCACUGCGGGCCACGCGUUGUAAUGUCCGCGACUCCGGCCGAAGAGACGGCGACAGGAUUUUCCCGGAGCCGGAGAAGCUAUGGUUCAAGGAGAGCAGCGCCAAAAACCUCCGAACCCGAGAUUUCUUGUCACCGAGUUCCAUGUUUAACACGCUCUUCGCGGAUGGUCAGGUUCCUCUGGCGGUGAUGUCCAGAAUUCUCUCUGUCCAAGGCCGAGGUGUUCUCCCUGUGGCGGGUGGGGAAGUAAUGGAUGAAGGUCUGCGGGUGAGGGUGGACCGUGCCGCAGCCUUCAGGGCAGUCCUAGAGGGCGGCAUAAUGCAGUACCUGACACCACCUGCGCAGAGGGAGGGCUGCGUGGUGCUCAACUGUCCAGCCCUGCACCCCAAACCUGAACCACCGACUCCCGAGAGCCUGACUUUGGGACAACUUAGGACCAUUCUAUUAGCCGACCACAUGGGGGCACUGUUAAGAGGGCAAGGGUUUACAGUAUCCAUGUGCCCUCUGCUGCCUGAAGAAAGUGUCAUUGUCAAUUUCCUUCGCACUCUGGGAAUCGACUGGCCUAUAUUCCCUGCCAAUUGGACCAACGAGGAAAGAGAGGAGAAGAUUCAGGAAGCGCUGGAAAAGUCGGCAUACCGAGAGAGGGAAAUUGAGAGGGACAGGAGGACGAACGGCGGGCCAGGCAAGAAGAAACCAGACAAGGUCGAGAAUGAAGGAGCAAUCAAGAUAAACGUAAAACGAGUGAUUCAGGACGAGGGCUUACAAGGAUACGAUCCCAGCCUCGGAACAUGCACAGUCCACAGAGACAGCGUUUCCCAUCUGGCACAACUGGACCUCGCCACAGCUGACUGCACCUUUGCAACGGCAACAGCCUUGCACGUGACUUCCUGUCAGGAUGAGUUCCGCCAGCAGCAGAUAGCGAUGCUGUGGAGAGCCAGUGGGGCGACGCACAUUCAGAGACAUCUGGUGUGUGGGCCUGUCAAGACUCCUGCUUCUCAACUCUCUUCUGCGCAGUACCUGCAGCUUAGAAGAGGUCAAAUGAAAGAGGCCUCAGAGAUGAAGUACGGGGAUCAAGUAGAAGGUCAGACAUGGGAUGAUAUCAUCAGGGUAAUGAGCUCUGCUACAAUCAGAUUUGAACUUCUCUCAACAGUCCACACCAGUCCGGUCACGCUGGAUGUCCAAACAGAAGGAGGCGUAUCCACCAAAGGGCCGAGAGGCGGCGUGUUUGUCAUGUACAACUGCGCCAGACUGCACACACUAUUCGAUAGCUACGACCGAGGGGUGGAGAAAGGUUUGUACCCAGAAAUCCCUGAUAGCUCAGAUCUGGACUUUUCUGCCCUCAAAGAAGAGGGAGAGUGGCUCCUCCUCUUCAAUUACCUCAUUCCCUUCUCUGAGCUGCUGGACCAAUCAGGACAAGCAUUAGCCUGUGAAGGGGUAGGGGCUCGAGUCAGCCUGAAAACGGAACAGAUCUGCAAGUUUUUGGUGUCUCUCAGUAAAGACUUCAGCUCAUAUUAUAACAGAGUCCACGUCCUGGGGGAGCCAUUGCCUCAUCUCUUCAACCAGAUGUUCUGCCGCCUGUAUCUUUUGAGAGCUUUGCGAGAGCUCUACCACAGCGCCCUGGAAACCCUCAACCUUCCCCCCAUACGGCAACUAUAGCCUCCAUGUUGUGUGUAUCGCUCGGCCUCGUCUGCCACUCGCCUGUAGCAUCGUAUUCCAACAGGACACUUGACUGCAUCUGUUUUUAAAUCUCAAAUGAACAUGUUGUGGUUAACUGCUUCAGUUGAGAUGUUCUCCUGAGGCCAAUAGGUUGUGCACCUAAACACACCUUACAGUAGUUUGAAUCUCUUUUUAAUGUGAUGCCAAAUUUCAUUUUCAAACCCUUGUCCUUGUGCCAAGUAUAUGAUCAUUUCAUUGUCUCAGCGGUACAACAACAAAAUCUGCUUUUAAUGAGCUGUAUUCCCGAAUUCAUGUGAUUUAGCUACCUUCUAUUUAUGAAUGCCAGAUGAAUAUUUAUUACAAGUUAAAACAAGCGUGUACAGAAAGCUAUUCAACAUGUAGGAUGAAUCUUCUAAAUAACAGUUUUCAUAUGAUUUAGCCUAGUCAGGCCAUCAAACGAAUGCACGAAACCGCAUGAACAUAUUGUAUAUGAAGAUUUUUCUUUUUUGAAAUAAUUAUUUAUAAAUGUAUGGGAGGGGAACGUCAUGAUUCAUUAUUACUUUAUAUGUUACCAAGUGAUCGUGUUGCAAUUUCACUUUGCCUUUUAAGCACCGUCCUUAUUUUUAAAACAGAAAUGCAUGAAAUUCAAAUGUUGAUUUUCCUAACCUGUUCACUCCAUAUUUUUUUAAACGACCUUUUCUCGUUUACAUGGCAAGGGUAAUUUAGAGAGGAAUAUACCAACAAUAUGAUGAUGCAUUCACUGUACUAUUAUAUGCCUGUAUGACUAUGCUCACAGUAUUAAAACAAAAGAAGGAUGUUUGGUUUGAUUUUUACUCUCAUUUCUCAAAACCGAUUAUUUUGUGUUUUUAAAUGCUGUCAUUUUGGUGACUAUUCUCCUCUCUGUUUAACUUGGGAGUAGAUUUAACGUUGCAGUGUAGCAGUUUCAACACAGGGGGGCGAUAUGUUUUUAGAUAGAUUGCACCAA